ACACGCGAUGGAUUUGACGACGUUGACACGACACCGAAUUAAUUACUACCAAGAUUUUCACGAAUGAUAUUUAAAAGUUGGAGCUUAAAAAAAUCAAUUAAAAAAAGGCGUCUUCUGUAACGUGGUCUCGUCCGAUCACGUUCCCCGGCGCCGCGCCGUGAUCUCGCGUGAAUUCAAGCAUUGCUAAAAUACCAUGGGACAGAGUGGACAGAAAAGCUGAAAACCUAUAACAGAAGCAUGCCCUGCGAAGUGCAGCCUCGGUUCGUGGUUCUGUACGGUUCUCAGAAGGGCCAAGCCCAGUCCAUAGCAGAGGGGAUAGCUGAGGAGGCCCAGGAACGAGGACUGGUCGCGGAACUCAGCUGCUUGAACCAGAAUGAGAAGUACAAUUUGGAGAAGGAGAAAGCCCCAGUGGUCUUUAUUGUGUCUACUACUGGAGACGGGGAACCGCCUGACAAUGCCCUCCAGUUUGUAAAGCGCAUCAAGCAGAAGACCCUCUCCACUGACCACUAUGAACACCUUUGCUAUGCACUCUUAGCUUUAGGAGACACAAAUUAUGCAAAUUUCUGCAACUGCGGGAAGACAGUUGAGCGUCGUCUACAGGAGCUUGGAGCCAAACAGUUCUAUGCGACGGGAUAUGCAGAUGAUGGUGUAGGGCUGGAGCUGGUCAUUGACCCCUGGCUCGAAGGACUGUGGAAAGCCAUCAAAGGAGCCUUAUCAAAAAUGGCUUCCGAUAGGAUUGCUCCCUCGAGAGGGGAUUCACCGAAGGAAACGCCCGAUUUGAGUGCGCCAGAUGUUGAAUUUAACCUCCUAAGCCUUAAUGGCCAGCAGAGCUGCAAGUCAGGCAGAGCAUCCGUUGACACAGACUCCAAAUGUGCGUCUGUUGCGUCGUCUUUUGCUUCUGCUACGCAGAUGUCCAUUUCAGAUCUCAGGCCACCUUCUUCUGCCGGGAGCCCUGAGUCGGAAUCCAAGUCUCUUGGGACUGCCAGUGUUUCUACAUCAGCCCCGGAGACAAAGACCACAGAUGCUGGAGUUACCCAUGUUGCAUUGGCUGCUUCUUUGACUUGCUCCCUGCCACCGCUUUCAGAGUCUCCCCUUAAUGUUCCUGCUCUGCCUCCUCCCUACCUGGAUGUCUCUCUUCAGGAUGUGGGCACUGUGGAGCAGAUUGUUGGACAGUUGAACAAAGAAAGUGUUCAUGAGGUUCCCAUAUACAGGGCAGUUCAGCUGACCAGAGGUGAUUCAGUCAAGACGGCCCUUCUCUUAGAGUUGGACAUCUCUGCUCACCCAACUAUGGCAUAUGAGCCCGGGGAUUCGUUUGAUGUGUUCUGCCCAAACAGAGCCACAGAGGUUGAGGAGAUGCUCCACAGACUGGGCCUCCACGACCAGAGGAACCAUCAGGUCCACAUUUCUCUAAAAAAGGACCAUAAGAAAAAAGGUGCCCAGGUGCCAUCCUACAUGUCCCCGAACAUCUCUUUGCUGCACUUGCUGACAUGGUGUCUGGAGAUCAGAAGCGUUCCCAAGAAGGCCUUUCUACGAGCGCUGGUGGAGCAUACUGGGGACGGUGUGCAGCGGAGGAGACUGCAGGAGCUCUGCAGUAAACAAGGCGCUGCCGAUUACAACCUGUACGUGAGAGACCCGAGCCUCAGCGCUUUGGAGUUCCUGACAGCCUUCCCGUCCUGCUCGCCUCCCCUCAGCCUCCUCAUAGAGCAUUUGCCGAAACUGCAGCCCAGGCCUUAUUCAGCAGCAAGCUCCACUCUCAAGCACCCAGGAAAGCUGCAUUUCGUCUUCAACGUGGUGGAUAUCCCAGCAUGCAAUGGGCGGCCUGCUGGGAGGCGAGGCUUGUGCACCGGUUGGCUGUUUGACCUCAUCAAUCGUGGCCUGGUUUUCCCUGGGAAGGUUGAACGCUCUGGCAGCCUGGCUCUGCCUAAGAUCCAUGUGAGUUUGAGACCCAACUGCUCCUUCCGGCCUCCUUCUGAUUCGUCGGUGCCCUUCAUAAUGGUCGGACCAGGCACGGGAGUCGCCCCCUUCAUUGGCUUCCUCCAGCAAAGAGAGGAGGCGAGGCAGGAGAACCCUGAGGCUGUGUUUGGAGAGACCUGGCUGUUCUUCGGCUGUCGCCAUAGAGACGGAGACUACCUGUUCAGAGAGGAGCUGGAGGGCUUUGUGUCCAGAGGCGUCCUGAACCACCUUGAGGUGUGUUUUUCCAGAGAUGACCCGGCACAGGAGGAGGUCGGCGCCUCAGUGUCUCGACCCAGAUACGUCCAACACAACCUGCUGCUCAACAGCCAAAACGUUGCCGAAAUCCUGCUCCGCCAGAGCGGACACCUCUAUGUCUGCGGGGAUGCUAAGAACAUGGCUAAGGAUGUGAACAACACUCUGGUGGCGAUGGUCAGCACAGAGCUACAGGUGGACCAACUGGAGGCCAUGAAGACACUGGCAAAGCUGAGAGAGGAGAAACGCUACUUACAGGACAUCUGGGGAUGAAUGUGGAUGACCAGAUAAGGGCAUUUUGCAGCGUCCGCUGAGCUUCUUUUUUUCUUUUUUUUUACAACUUCAAAGAAAGAAAGAGAAAAAAAAAUCAGCAUGCUCAGCUGUAACCUCUAGAACCAUAAAAUCGUGGAUGCUGAAGCCUCGAGGUAGUUUACACCACCUAGUGCUACCGAGAUGGAAUGUACAAAGCUAGCCCGGGGGUAACGGUUCACUACAUCAUCUCGGGCUCUGCUGUUUGAACAGAAAUGACCUUGGUCGGGGCGAUAGUGCUGGAGAUUGGUCCUGCAGAGUGAAAGUGUGUGUCUUUAGUGCAGAAAGGCCUCCUCCGUUCGGCCUGUCUGGUGGGAUAGAGGUAUUUACUCGCGUCGUCCGUGAUGGAGCGAUGACGACGAGACUGAGAAGCGGGAUAUUGCUCCGACCUAGAUGGAAAGAAACGCGGCAAACACAAUGGUCUUACACGAGAUGCACUCAGGAAAUACUUCAUUGUCAUACAGGGACAAAGGUAACACGUUUUAAUGCAAUAUUUUUAGUUUUUUGAAUAUGCCAAACUAUCUCACUGCCGCCUAAAUGCAACAUGGUUAAGCUCAAAUUUGUUGGUCUCAAUUACAAAUACUUUAUAUUGGUUUUGAUUGAUUUUCUUCACUAUUAUGUUAUAUCCUUAUAUUUCCAUCCAAAACACUGGAUUUUGUUGACUUUUUAAUCAUAUCUUGGACAUCAUGAAAACAGAUCCAUGGAUCUUAGGACAUAAUCAGUCAUUUAUAACCAUACCGUGUUAAGUGCUGAGUACACAAUGCCGUCAAUUUUCAGUGCUGAUGCUCAGCUCUGACCAAAGCAGUUUAUUUCACUAACUCUCUUUGUGUCACUUCCUGUUAGUCCUGCAAAACUGACUAAACCCUGCGGUUGAAACAAACGCUGCUCCUCCUUCGUGUGAUCGGGAAUUAAAAGUCUUUCCAGGGUGAA